CCUGGGAUCCGCCUCAGUUGGGAUUAAGGCGCGCCAAGAUGUUUUGGGUCCCAGGGUUGGCCCGAAAAGCUUCCAUGACCAGAUUUAUUUAUUUAUUUCGCGGCUGAGACUGACGACAUCAACUCCAUAUGUCCUCUGCCUGCCCUUCUUUUUUCUUCCUUGUUCAACUCACCUACUCCCCCUAAUUUAUUUAUUUAUAUUCUUCAAAACUUACUCUGUCCGAGAAUCGAUUGUUGUAUCGGUUUGCCCAGGUCUUUUUUCGUCCCAUACCCAUGGUCAACUGUGAUUCCCUACCCCCAAGCGAUGAGCCCGCAACCUCUACCCACGGCAGCACUCAAGCUCUGUUCCAACGGUAACAGGGAUUGAAAACAAAAGAAAGCUUUCUCCAAUUGAGUGCUACGCGUAUUGUCUCCAUUUUUUUAAUGAAUGAGUGAAAGCAGAGGCUGCGUCCACAUGCACCUAACCGUCGGUGAUUCUUCGAGCUUACGGUACUCUUGAGGCGGUCUGAGAGGAGAAACCCCUGUUGAAUGUGUUGGGCUGUCAUCACCUCACAGUGAGAACAUAUGCUUGCCUGCUAAUUCUAUUAUUCCCAAGUCUUCUCUGCAAAAUACGGAGUACUAUAACCCCAUCUUAGUUCUUCCGGCACUCUUUCAAAUGAGCAUUGAAGUACGUGACUACGGCAUGGCAAACCCUGCCAGCGGCUCUCCUCCUGAUGUUGAGGUACUAUCCGCCUUUCCCGCACUUGAACAUUCAUCCACCACCCCGACUGCGCAUCCAGAUAUUACGGGUCUUCAUCGUGUCGAAUCGCAGGACUUCAUAAGGCGACGUGCCAAACGCUCAGAUACUGCUCGUUCUUACCACCGUGGAGGAAGCAUAGCGGAAAGUAAUAACUGGCACCCAGGAGAAGAGCCCGGCCUUGAUCCAACGGAACCUCUUCCUCCAUACCGUACAGGGGGAGAGUCUUUACUUCGAGAUCAAAGCAUACAAUGCGACAUUACGGUUGUGGAUUUCUCUCAGAAUGAUAUGCGAAUGUAUCAUCUAGAUAAUAAUACGUUGCGGCCAUUUUUAAAUAAGGAAAGGGAACCGUGGGUCCUAUGUCGAUGGAUCAACGUGAAUGGGCUGAGCUGGGAUGUUGUUAGCUUGCUGGCUAGUCAUAAGGGGCUGCACCGAUUGGCGAUUGAGGAUUUAUUACACUCCGUGAAUCGUACCAAAGUAGACUGGUUUUCGGACAACACCUUUAUUGUUCUUGCGAUGCAAAAGCUAGUCAAGCUUCAGUCGAAUGGACAGUUUACUGAGUCCUCUGGAGAAAGCGAUAGCGAGCAUGGAUUUGAUGGCCGGUCAUAUGAGAAGUCCAAAAAAAGGCGGAAACACAUAAAGAAGCGAGGAGUAAUUAUGUCAGCCCUUAUGGACAUUCUGACGCCCUCCCAGAGCAAGAAAAGGCUUGGGUCACAGGCAGGCGAACUCCCAUUUGACAACUCAUUUGGUGAAGGUAAAUCCCUCCCGUUGGGCGGUUCAAGAAUCAGCAGGCUACGAUCUCUUCAACGCUACCGAGGCGGUCCUAAUGAGGAUCGCAUUGACUUCAUGGAACGGCAUGCCGUCCUUGCCUCCAGAGGCCUAGGUGUUGCCAUUGAACAAGUUUCACUCUUCCUUCAUGCAGAUAAUACCGUAACUUCUUUUUUCGAAGCCAGCGCCGAAGAUAUCGAGACACCAAUUGUCCAACGAUUAACAUCACCUGAAACUAUUCUACGCCAGUGUUGCGAUGCAAGCAUGGUCGUCCAGGCUAUACUCGAUGCUAUUGUCGAUCUGGCAAUCCCUGUCACGAUGGCAUAUCAAGAUGCAAUUGGAGACCUGGAACUAAAGGUCCUCACUGAUCCCGAUAUUCACCAAUCUACAAAUCUAUAUAUGUUGACCUCAGAAAUUGCUGUUUUGCGUAACGCAAUGCAGCCCGUAACUGGCGUUGUGAACGCGCUUCGAGAUCAUAAAACCGAGCCAGCUUCCCGUUCGGGAUCCGCACCCACCAAGACCUUAUCUAGUCUAUCUGUGAAUGUGCUACCUUCAGACCCGGCGAUAAGCAAACCGGGCACCCCUGACGCCGAGGGAGUUAAGAUGCCUACAGUUGUUAGGAUCACCCCAAUGUGCCAUACCUAUUUGGGUGAUGUGCUGGACCACUGUAUCACUAUUACCGAAGAAUAUGAUCAAAUGAGACGAUCAGCCGAUAAUAUGAUUGAUCUUACUUUCAACACAAUUGGAGCUUACCAGAAUGAAAGCAUGAAACAACUUACCAUUGUGACGUGCAUGUUUCUGCCACUGACAUUCCUCACGGGCUAUUUCGGAAUGAACUUUGAACGAUUCGACGGGGUGCAACACCAUAGCGAUGCCUUCUUCUGGCCAAUAGCCAUUCCAUUUGUCAUCGUCACUACGGCAAUACUAAUGCGUGACAUGAUUCAACGAUACUUCUUGAAACUUGCUCAACAGCGCCUAAUUCACACAUCGCGGAAACGGCGGCAAAAGUCCCAAUCAGAGUAGACGUGUCUGUCUACUGUGAGUUUAACUGACGGCGUUGUGGGGGCGUUUGUUUGAGAUAUAUUAUUUCCUAUGAUUUAGUCUGGCACCCUUUCAGGACUGGCCUCCUUUUCCAUUAUAGAGAUGCCAAUGAGCACCAUAUAAACGAAUGUAAUAGAUGUGCACAUCAUUGCGCUAAUUAUAUUAAUAUAAUGUAUAAAUAAUAAUAAUACAUCUAUUUUGAACCACUCUGCUUCCGG